AGCCUAACGUCCUAGUGCCGCUAUCCCGAUUGUUAUUUCAGAACGCUGUCUUUGUCAGUGAACAAGGCCAGGAUUCUCUUCAUGUCUCCUGCUCUGCGUGCUCGUUCGCCGAAUAUCAUUGACGACAUUGUCAAGCGUCCACCACCGUCUCCUUCCGACAAAGCCCCACCACAAAAGAAGCUAGACGUCAAAUCGCGACCUGCCUCGGAGGAGUCAACGCCGAAGGCAGCCUCACCUAUCACUCCAGCCAAGGAGAAGAGCGACCUGAAAGAGGUUGAGAAGAAAGAGAACAAGCCCAGUAAACAAGAUAUAAUCGAUAUGGAAGUCUUCGACCAGAUAGUCGAAUUGGAUGAUGGGGACAGCUCAUUUGUAUCAGCGAUGGUGACCGAGUAUCUUGGGCAGGUCGAUUCCACAUUUAAUAAGAUGGAUAAGGCCAUGGAAACCAAAGACUUAAUAGAAAUAUCGCAGCUAGGACACUUUCUGAAGGGCUCGUCAGCCGCGCUGGGCGUGAAGCAGGUUUCAUUGACUUGCGAGAAGAUACAGAACAUAGCCAAGGGUACACCUACAGACAAGACCAUUGAAGAAGUGACUUCGCUACUAAAACGUGUCAAGGAGGAAUACGGUGCGGCGAAGAUUUGGUUACUGGAGUAUUGUCCGACGUGAUAACAUGACAUUCUCUACUGAGCUUGCUCGUUACCAUACCCAAGAGUUCAGGUUGUAUGAUUUUCACUGUACUCUACCUAUCUAAGUAGUAACUGCCACACUUACGCUUGGCUACUUCCAUCCUUUGUUUUCACUCCGCAAUGUUCCACUAUAUGCACUAGUUCCAGAUACAGUGUACUACAUCUUUACAUCAUUUCGUAAACCACCCAAGCUCACUCCACAUCACUACUUUGUGUGGUACACUUCAGUGAACUUUCAAGUACC